CGCCAGGCCGCCGCCACCCCGGGCUCGAUGCCGCCGCUGCCGCCGUAGACCGGCCCCCGGCCAGGGACUGGAGCCAGGCCGGCCGCUCUGCGCCUCUUCGGGGCCCCCGGAAGAUCCCCGUCGCGGGCGGCGAUCUGCAUCAAGCCAGCCGGCCGCAGGCCCCGAUCCCGCGAUCCCUUUCUCGGCCGGCUCCUCCCGGUUCCACAAUGGCAGAGCUUUUCAUGGAAUGUGAAGAGGAAGAGCUUGAACCCUGGCAACAGAAAACAAAGCCCAUUAUUGUUGAUGAUGACGAUGAUGAUGACGAGCCUAUCUUCGUUGGGGAGUUUUUGAGCUCCAAACCAACCAAUACCUAUAUAUUGAACAGAGUUAACCCGAAUUCAUCACGAAUCGGAGUGCAGAAUGGUGCCCCCAAAAGAGGUGCUGUGGCGGUUUCUCCAGGGUUUCACUCCGUGGGCAGACCCGCAACUAGUACUCUAGCUGUUCAGCCACAGCCGCGCAUCAGCAGCAUCUCAGGGACCUCUCAAGUCUUGCAGAGGCCACUUUCGGGAUGUUCGUCGCCGCAGGAAGAAGCCAAGUCCAGCACUGGGAUCUCUCAGCCAGUCAAUAAAUCUGCCCCGCCCCAGUCGUUGUCGCGGAACCUCCAUAUUCCUGCAUCGACUCAGUCUGCCUCCAGGCCAGUGGCCACCGUGACAGCCCAGCCCGUUGCACUGAAUCGGGUUACCCCAGAUAAAACUUCAGGCCUGACCUUUGGCAUAAGGCAGAAUUCAGGAGGGUCGCCAUACCAGACUGCAUCACCCAUGAAUACAACAGGCUUGUCCAAGCGUCCCUCCACUUCUGAAGCCAGUAGUAUUGCUCCCAAAAAGGCCAAGGCUAAUGAAACCGGCUCUCGGAGUGAGUCGCCUCUCCUGCCCCCUGUUAGACCUCCAAAUGAUCCGCCCCUGCUCGAGAAAGGUGUUGCUGCAAGUAACAUUAAGAACGGAGCCCCUUUUCCACAAGCAUGCCCAAAAUGUAAUAUUCAUUUUAACCUUUUGGAGCCAUUGAAAAAUCAUAUAAAGUAUUGCUGUCCUGAUAUGGUGCACACCUUUCUGGGAAUAACCAAAAUGGACUGCUCAAGUACAUCACCUAAAACUGCUGAAACAGAAAAAGGAAAAUUGAUCAUGUUAGUUAAUGACUUCUAUUAUGGCAAGCACGAGGGAAACCUCCAGCAGGUGCGUCAGGAGCAGAAGACACAUACGACAUUCAAGUGCGCCAGCUGCACAAAGGUCCUCAAGAGUAACAUCAGGUUUAUGAACCACAUGAAGCAUCACUUGGAGCUCGAGAAGCAGAACAGCGAGAGCUGGGAAAGCCACACCACCUGCCAACACUGCUAUCGCCAGUUUCCCACACCCUUCCAGCUGCAGUGCCACAUUGAAAGCACCCACACACCUCACGAGUCCUCCACUAUAUGCAAAAUCUGUGAACUCUCUUUUGAAACUGAGCAAGUUCUGUUGCAGCAUAUGAAAGACAAUCACAAGCCUGGGGAAAUGCCUUAUGUCUGUCAGGUUUGCAAUUAUAGAUCGUCAGCAUUUUCAGAUGUGGAAAAACACUUCAGAUCUGUUCACGAAAACACAAAGAACCUGCUUUGCCCGUUUUGCCUUAAAGUUAUUAAAAUUGGGGCACCUUAUAUGCAUCAUUUUAUGAGACAUCAGAAAAAGGGAGUACAUCGCUGUACCAAAUGUAGACUCCAGUUCUUGACAUGCAAAGAAAAACUGGACCAUAAGUCUCAGCAUCAUCGGACCUUCAAAAAACCCGCUCAGCUAGAGGGCUUGCCUCCAGGAACCAAAGUGACAAUCAGAGCUUCCGUUGGAUCCCUUCAACCGGCGUCUGUGACGGCGUCUCCUGCGAACACGAAUGCGCCCACCUUGCUGUUGUCUCCCGGGACUAACGUGACGAACAGCAAGAUGCAGAACAAAUUGAACACGAGUAAGGGAAAGGCACGGCUGAAGCCGCUGAGCAUGCAGAAGAAGCAGAUCCUGGGGGGGAGCGUCAGCGGGGGGGGCAAGAACAGGAGCAGCAGCAGCAGCAGCAGCAGCAGUAGCGGCGGUGGCAGCGGCGGCGGGAAGACCAAUAAGAUUGCAAACACAGCACUAAAUAACCUCAGGUGUCCUGAUAUUCAGAAAUGCAUUGAGUGUUCCUCGGACAUCCGGACUUUUGCGAGUCACUUCCCAGCAUAUGUCCGCUGCAGUUUGUGCAGAUACGGCACCAGUUGCAGUAAAGCGUACGUGAAUCACAUGAUGAGCUUUCAUAGUGCUCGUCAAACUAAAAGAUUUUGGAUUUAUAAGACACAUUCAGAUGAAUUGAGGGGCACCACUGUGGUUUGCCUUAACUGUGACUUCCUGACAGACGUUUCUGGCCUGGACAAGAUGGCCACCCACCUCAACGAAAGUCGGGCUCAUACUUGCCAAGUGAUUGUGGAGCACGUUCCAGUUCCCUUGGGUGAUUCAGCGGCUGCUGGCCUUCCUGGCCUAGCAAAGGAUGCAUUAUUGAAAAAUGAAAUUGAAGAAAAGUCAGAGAAAUGUUCAGUGCCUGCUAUGUGUGAAGAGCAAGGGAAAGCAUCCAUUUCAGAAAGCCCACAGAUGAAAGGGUCUGCGAGAAAAACAAAUGCAGAUCUUCCUGGAGAACAGAACGGCGACACUGCUUUAGCUGUUGACCGUGACAAAACUAAACUGCCAGUUCCAGAAAACAGAAGGAGUUCAGAGUUUCAGGCCCGCCCCAGUAGCCCUGCAAGAAGAGGGGCCUUGGGGGGCCUUGGAUGCCAGCGCAAUGAAAGCUCACUGGCGGCUGGGCACAAAGGGAAGCUGUCUCCCACUGUGGAAGACGUUUUGGGCCCAGAACCAGAAGCCUGCUCGAAAGACUGUGCUGGAGAAGGCAGCACCAGCAGCCUGGGAAGCCAGACAGACAGAGACGGUUCAGGUGCCGAAGAGAAAGGCAACGUGUCGCCGUCUGCUGCAGCCACUUCAGAACUUUGUGCCUAUUCCAAAGGCCCUGAAGGCCAUGGUGUAAAAGUUUCUGCAAACCCGGAGAAUCUUGGUCUUUUAGCUGCUGAAAACAAAAGUGGUUUGCCCGUCCCAGAAGGGGCUUGUGGCUCAGAGUUCGUAGCCAGCUCGAGUAGCACGGCAGGCCCUGCGGGGGACCGCUCCCCGAAUCAGGGCGACCUCGGCUCUCUGGCUGCAGAGCACGAAGGCCGCGCAGCCGCUGCAGAAAGCUCCUGUGGACCGUUGCUUGAGGCCUGCUCCCCUGACCCCGCAGGGCCUGAAGCAGCAAGGGAUGCAGACCCUCCAAGAAACCAAAGCGAUGUUUCUUUUUUGGUUGCCAUGCACGAAAGAAUGGAAAAUGCCUCUGCUUUAGGAGAGUCAGCUCAUUCAAACAAUUCUGCAGGUCUUGCAGGUGAAGGAGAUGAGGACAGAAUCGAAGACGGGGCUAACAUAGCAUCUCUGACCACACAAUGUGAAGAAAGUAUCUCCAGAGAAGAGUCACCCACUGCUGAGCUCCAGACUUCUUCAAAAAAAACUGCAGCCAGAAUGGCAAGGGAUCCUGUUGGGAGUCCAGCUGCAGGCGAGUGUGAAGGAAGUCCCUCUUCGUCAGCUGUGAAAAACACAGCCGCUCCAGGGUUGCAAGCAAAUUCAUUGGGGCGCUCUUGUGGAGAGGCAGCCUUGGACAAGCGAGGAGGAGAAGCAGACUCAGCGGAGCUUGGAAGCAGUAAAAGCAGUGCUUGUCCAGAGCAGGCCGAUCCUGAUGUCCGGGCAGAGGUGGCCGAUUUGGCUGAAGCUCAACUGGCAGACAUGAACGUUGAUACCCCCCAGUUGGCAUCCGGUGAUGAAGAGGUCAGCUUUGAACAGUUCUUGAGAAGAAGGGGAGAACCGGACUCUGCCCAUUCAGACGCAAGCGAGCAAGGCAGCGUUCAUCUGGAGCCGUUGACUCCCUCGGAAGUGCUCGAGCACGAGGCUACGGAGAUCUUGCAGAAGGGAGGGGUUCCAGCCUCGGCCAAAAAAGCCAGGCUAGGUUUCGAGCCAGCUGACACGCCUUCUGGAGGCAGCAGCCCGAGCCGAGAGGACUCAUCUGUUAGCCAGGAGGAAGAAAGCUGAAGGAAGGUUCUUGCCUUGGCAGUGCAUGGAUUGUGAAAGGUGAAACAGGCAAGGCGUGGUUGCUGCCUGUCGGUUGCCAGUUAGGUGGGCAGACACCCUGAGAUCAGAGAGCCCCGAAGACACCAGUGGCUGCUUGCAAUAAAUCUUAAUCUGUGAAGCCAGAGGAAAAGGGGUUGUUGGAUUCAAAGUAAGGGCUCCAUAGAAACCACAUUUUUAAAAACUACUUGGGAGGAUGUGUGCCAGAAGGACAACUCCAAAGGGAACCCUGGGCUGGAGGUUGCAUUCCAUCCCAUCAGUGGUAAUAGUUUGGAACUCGGGCACCUCUGGACUGGUGUGAUCUUACAAGAGGCCGAGCUCACCUUGAAUACGUUUGUGGGUUUCCGUGUACACAAGCAGAACAAAAUAGUACAAAUCUGUUUGUAGGAAAGGCGGCAUAUGAUGAGCCCCCUGGCUCUUCCUUUGGGGCAGGUACUCUUUUACGCUUUCUGUUAACGGCGGGCCCUGAAAACACAAAGCAGCUUGAAAGAAAUACAAAGCUGAAAGGAUGUAAUCUGUUACCAAAAGAAAGGAGGAGGAACUUGGAAGCAUUUAAAUCAGGUAUUGAAGGGGGCCUUUUGGAUCUAAAUUUAUGUAAAACAAAUUGAAGUGAAAUUAUGAGGUGGGGUGGGGUGGGGUGGCAUGAAAAUCCUUUUGAUAUACUGUAGCUAGUGAAGGAAUGCGUAACAUUUAACAGCAGUUUGCUUUUUAAAUAUUAACACGCUUAACUAAAAUGCUCCAUCUGACUCUUGUAGAAAGUGAUUUUGGACUUGAGGUUUGUUUUUAUGAACUUAAAUGUUUUGAAUUUCCGUUAAGACACCAAUGUACAUAUUUUGGAGUAAAUAUUUGCAAGAAAA